AUGAGUCUUACCGAUCAAGGUGAAUUCAUAAGAAACAUAACUUCUUGGAGUGAGAGAAGACCAGCAUUCUAUCAUGGACACGUUGCUUUCAUCGACUUUACCAGAUUUGGUUAUAAAAAUCCUGUUUAUAUCAAUAUUGUUCGAGAACCGCUCGAGCGUUUACUUUCACAUUACUACUUUCUCCGAUUUGGCGAUAAUUUUCGCAUUGGACUGAAGAGAAGCAGAGCCGGAAACAACGAGGUGCCUUUUCUGGUUCGAAUUUUGUUUAAUAUGAAUAAAUUCGGGCGGAUGACAAGCGCGCGUCCGUUGAUGCUGCGCGGUUUUGGAAUUUUCAUUUGA